UUGCAAGUACUCUAAUGUCUAUAUCCCCCUAUAUCUAAAACUACUUUAUCUAAUCUAAUAUUCACAGGAGAGAGAGACUGGGAGAGAGAUCUGGGGAGAGAGAAUUAAAGGGGUCUGCAGAGAGAGGACUGCAAGUUCGAAUUAUUCUUCUUCUGUGUAUUUCAGUACUGAACUGCCAUAAAGUUGUUUGGUGUAAUGAGUAAAAACUAGAAAGCUCAAGAUUUUGAAUGCUGAAUCUGUUGGAGGAUCUUUGCUUUGCACUGCUUUAGAUUACCUGAAUAUUUUAGUGGAGACUGGAGAGGAUAGAUAUAUUCAUAUAUUGUCAUUAUGCCUAUUAGGCAACUUAAAGAAGGCUCAGAGCAACACCUUGUGAUCAAGCCUCAAUUGCAAAAUACCAUGAAUCCAGUUCAUAAGCAGCUCAAAGUUGCUCAGAAUGGGAAAGGCUCGACCGGGAAAGAAACUCAAAAUGUGAAACUUCAAAAUCAGUCUUCGCCCCCAUCCAAAAGUCGGGGAAGGAGAAGAGGAAGAGGCGGCCGGAAAUCUGAUCAAGGCGAGGCCUUUAUGCGCCCGAGCACACGGCCUUGCACUGCUGAGUAUACAGUGUCUCCUCCUGUAACAACUCGGUCUGUUACAGCUGUUGAAGUUGAUAAUAACAAUGGAGGCAAAUUGUGUGAAAUAGUUAAGGCUUUUCCUUCCUCCAGCAAGACGCUGAGUUUUGCCCAAAGACCUGGUUAUGGACAGAUUGGGACAAGAUGUGUUGUCAAGGCAAACCAUUUUCUUGCAGAAUUACCAGAGAAAGAAUUGAAUCACUAUGAUGUUACUAUAAUGCCUGAGGUGUCAUCGCGUAAUGUGAACAGAGCUAUAAUGGCAGAACUGGUAAAAUUAUAUAAAGAAUCUGACUUGGGGAUGAGGUUGCCUGCUUAUGAUGGCAGGAAGAGUCUGUACACGGCUGGUGAGCUUCCAUUUGCAUGGAGGGAGUUCAAUAUUAAGCUUACUGUGGAAGAUGACGGAGUCAAUGGUCCCAAAAGAGUGAGGGAGUACAAAGUGGUAAUUAAAUUUGUGGCGAGGGCAAACUUGCAUCAUCUGGGACAAUUUUUGGCUGGCAAGCAUGCAGAUGCUCCGCAGGAAGCUCUUCAGAUACUUGAUAUUGUAUUAAGAGAACUUUCUAAUAAGAGGUACUGCCCCGUAGGAAGAUCUUUCUUUUCACCAGACAUUAGGAAACCCCAACGGCUUGGCGAGGGAUUAGAGUCAUGGUGUGGGUUCUAUCAAAGUCUAAGGCCUACCCAAAUGGGCUUGUCCCUGAAUAUAGAUAUGGCAUCAGCUGCAUUUAUUGAGCCUCUCCCCGUGAUAGAGUUUGUUGCACAGCUUCUUGGCAAAGAUGUGGUAUCAAGAACAUUGUCAGAUUCUGAUCGUAUAAAGAUAAAAAAGGCCUUAAGAGGCGUGAAAGUUGAAGUAACGCACAGGGGUAGUGUACGAAGAAAGUAUCGGGUUUCAGGAUUAACAUCUCAACCCACUAGAGAGCUAGUGUUUCCUGUUGAUGACGACUUGAAUAUGAAGUCAGUUGUUGAAUACUUUCAAGAGAUGUAUGACUUCACAAUUCAGCAUACUCAUCUUCCUUGUCUUCAAGUAGGAAACCAGAGAAAAGCAAAUUAUUUGCCAUUGGAGGCUUGCAAGAUUGUUGAAGGUCAAAGAUACACAAAAAGGUUGAAUGACAAGCAAAUUACUGCUCUUUUGAAAGUAACAUGCCAAAGACCAAGAGAUAGAGAGAAUGAUAUUUUGCAGACGGUGAAACACAAUGCUUAUGAUCAAGAUCUGUAUGCUAAGGAAUUUGGCAUGAGAAUCAGUGAAAAGCUUGCCUCUGUGGAGGCUAGAGUUCUCCCUGCUCCAUGGCUAAAGUAUCAUGAAAAUGGCAAGGAGAAGGAUUGUUUGCCACAAAUUGGUCAGUGGAAUAUGAUGAACAAGAAAAUGAUCAAUGGUAUGACUGUUAGUCGUUGGGCAUGCAUUAACUUCUCAAGGAGUGUGCAAGAAAAUGUUGCUCGUGGAUUCUGUAGUGAACUGGCUCGUAUGUGCCAAGUAUCUGGAAUGGAAUUCAACCCUGAACCUGUAAUUCCAAUCUAUACAGCCUGGCCUGAUGAUGUAGAGAAAGCUUUGAAGCAUGUUUAUCAUGCUAGUGUGAACAAAUUAAAGGGAAAAGACUUGGAGCUUUUGUUAGCCAUUCUUCCAGACAACAAUGGGUCAUUGUACGGAGAUCUGAAAAGAAUAUGCGAAACCGAUCUGGGUUUAAUUUCUCAAUGUUGUCUGACAAAGUAUGUCUUCAAGAUUAGCAAGCAAUACCUGGCAAAUGUGUCAUUGAAGAUUAAUGUUAAGAUGGGCGGUAGAAAUACUGUUCUUCUGGAUGCAAUUAGCUGCAGAAUACCUCUAGUUAGUGACAUACCCACAAUAAUAUUUGGAGCAGACGUGACCCACCCAGAGAAUGGAGAAGAUUCUAGCCCCUCCAUAGCAGCGGUAGUGGCUUCCCAGGAUUGGCCUGAAGUCACAAAAUAUGCAGGUUUGGUUUGUGCUCAAGCUCAUAGACAAGAACUUAUACAAGAUUUGUACAAAACAUGGCAAGAUCCUGCACGGGGUACCAUUAGUGGUGGCAUGAUCCGGGAUCUUUUGGUUUCCUUCAGAAAGGCAACUGGGCAGAAGCCAUUACGGAUUAUAUUUUACAGGGAUGGUGUAAGUGAAGGCCAGUUUUAUCAAGUCCUACUUUACGAGCUGGAUGCAAUACGGAAGGCAUGUGCGUCAUUAGAACCCAAUUACCAACCCCCUGUGACUUUCAUUGUGGUGCAAAAACGACAUCACACAAGGUUAUUUGCUAACAACCAUAGGGAUCGAAGCAGCACCGACAAAAGUGGAAAUAUUUUGCCAGGAACUGUAGUGGAUACCAAGAUCUGUCAUCCAACAGAAUUUGAUUUCUAUCUAUGUAGCCAUGCUGGUAUUCAGGGUACAAGUCGGCCGGCACAUUACCAUGUUCUUUGGGAUGAAAACAAUUUUACAGCAGAUGGAAUUCAAUCAUUGACAAAUAACCUCUGUUACACAUACGCGAGGUGCACCCGAUCAGUGUCUGUUGUUCCUCCAGCAUAUUAUGCACAUUUAGCUGCAUUUCGAGCCAGAUUCUAUUUAGAACCCGAACUGCAGGAGAACGGUCAAGGUAAUAAGAACACUCGAGGCAUCGGAGAGUCGGGGGUGCGUCCAUUACCAGCCCUCAAGGAGAACGUGAAAAGAGUAAUGUUCUAUUGUUAGUACUAGUGAUAAGGUAAAGCAGGACUAGCUUUCUGCAUAUAUAUGUUUGCAUGUAUACAGUUUUAGAUGGUUGGCAGGUUACAGGCCAAAGCAGAAGCAGUAGAUGUAAUGUUUGUAAAAUAAUUUCUAGAGUUGUAACCAUUCUAGUAUAUACCAUUUGCUUAGCUCGCUUUACUUGGCAAUCAGAGGAGCUACUUCAACAGUGUGCUUUUAAAUAAAGAGAAUAUGAACUUCAACUGCA